CUGCUGCCAGGGACCCCGCUGAGCUCCUGCUCCGUGCCCACAGUGUGCACGGGCACCGACAUGAAGCUGCUCCGGCCCUCCAGCCCCGAGAGCCACUACGAGACCCUGCGGCACCUGUACCAGGGCUGCCAAGUGGUGCAGGGCAACCUGGAGCUCACCUACCUGCCCGCCGACGCCGACACCGCCUUCCUCAAGGACAUCAAGGAGGUGCAGGGCUACGUGCUCAUCGCCGAGAACCAAGUGACGGGCUUGGAGCUGCAGAACCUGCGCAUCAUCCGGGGCACGCAGCUCUUCCAGGACCGCUUCGCCUUGACCGUGGUGGGCAACGCCGGCCCCGGCGGCGCGCAGGGGCUGCGCCAGCUCGGCAUGCGGCACCUCACGGAUCCUAAAGGAGGCGUGCGCAUCGAGAGCAACCCGCAGCUCUGCUUCCAGGAGACCAUCCUGUGGGCCGACAUCUGCCACCGGCACAACGAGCUCCGGGGCGAGAUCCGUGUGGAGAGCACCCGCAGCCGAACCUGUCCCGACUGCCGGGCGCUGUGUGCCGAGGGGCACUGCUGGGGCGAGGGGCCGCGGGACUGCCAGACAUUGACCAACAGCAUCUGCCACGGGUGCCCGCGCUGCAAGGGCACGAAGCCGACCGACUGCUGCCACGAGCAAUGCGCCGCCGGCUGCACCGGCCCCAAGCACUCCGACUGCCUGGCGUGCCUGAACUUCAACCGGAGCGGGAUCUGCGAGCUGCAUUGCCCCCCACUCGUCAUCUACAACUCGGACACCUUCGAGUCGGUGCCCAACCGCGAUGGACGUUACACGUUCGGGGCCAGCUGCGUGAGCCAAUGUCCCUACAAUUACCUCGCCACCGAGGUGGGGUCCUGCACCCUCGUGUGCCCCCACAACAGCCAGGAGGUGACGGUGAACAACGUGCAGAAGUGUGAGAAGUGCAGCAAGCCCUGCCCCGAGGUGUGCUAUGGGCUGGGAGUGGAUUUCCUCAAGGGCGUCCGUGCUGUGAACGCCUCCAACAUCCAGCACUUCACCGGCUGCACCAAGAUCUUCGGCAGCUUGGCCUUCCUCCCCGAGACCUUCGCCGGGGACCCCAGCACCAACACAGCGCCCCUGGACCCCAAACUGCUGCGCAUCUUCGAGAGCCUGGAGGAGCUGACGGGCUACCUCUACAUCGCUGCCUGGCCGCCCGGAUGGAAGGACCUGGGGGUCUUCCAAAACCUGCGCAUCAUCCGGGGCAGGGUGCUGCACAAGUGA